GGGCCGCGGCCGCCCCGCCGCUCCCGCCAUGGCGGGGCCGUGCCCGCCCCCCCGCCGGGCCCUUUUCCCGCGCUCCGCAUUGCAGCGCGUCAUCGGCCCGCGCCGCCCCCGGCGGUGACGUGUGAGAGACACCUCAGUGCUCGGCUGAGGCGGCGGCGGGGCCAAAACGGGCAACUCGGUGAGGCUGAACGAGGGGCUGGUGUCUGGCAUCUGACUGUGCUGAGUUCCAGGAUCCGGCGGGGCUGAGCGCGGGGCUGAGACGCGGUUGGAACCCCAACCCUCAAGCUUAGCCCAGAGCCAUGGGUAGGACCUACUUUGUGGAGGAGGGGAUCGGACAGUACCUGUCCGAGCUCAGCGCGGCGGUGAAGCCUUAUGUCACUGGGCUGCUGAUAGGGCAGUGCUCCCCACAACGGGACUAUGUCAUCCGGGCUGUCCGCACCCCUCCCAAGGACCAGCACACGGAGCAGAACAGCCCUCCAAAACUGGCAUCCCUGGAUGAGGAGUGGAUAACCACACACGCCAGCCAGGUGUCCAGGAUGCUCCCUGGUGGGUUGCUGGUUCUUGGUGUGUUUAUGAUUGCGAGCCCAGAGCUGGCAAAGGACGGGCAGAACGCUCUGCGCAAGCUAAUCUUCUCAGUGGAAAAGUCCCUGACUAAAAGAAGGCUCUGGAAACCUGCUGAGGAGGAGGUCUCAGACAGAGCAGCUCUUCAAAUCUGCUCUGCUACAAAGAAAGUAGUUUGCAGAACCUACGACGUGCAGGAUCCAAAGAGUUCAGCUAAACCAGCAGAUUGGAAAUACCAGAGUGCUCUGUCUGCCUCCUGGCUGGCUUUGGGCUGCACAGUAAAUGUUAAUAUUCACAUCCCACUUCUUGCUACUUCCCCAAACCAUGACCUGGAGAAGAAUACCAAGAACGGGUUAAACCGGUGGUCGAAGCAGAUAGAAGACAGUGUUUUCCUCAUCAAUGGACAAGUUAAAGAUGAUGAUACAGAGCUACUGGAAGGGCAGAAAAAGUCAAGAGGAAAUACUCAGUCCAGCACUCAGUUCUCUGAUGUCAAGGUGCUGACACAGCUGUGCCAGGGUUCCAGUCACAGAUCGACAGCUACAGUGCAGGUGUGCAGUGGUUCCAUAAACCUCAGGGGGGCUGUGAAAUGCAGAGCCUACAUCCAUAACAACAAGCCAAGGGUUAAAGAAGCCAUUCAGGCUUUGAAAAGGGACAUAAUAAACACAUUGAGUGAUAGGUGUGAAAUACUGUUUGAAGAUCUGAUUUUAAAUGAAGGACCUCAGAAAAAAAAUUUUGAGAGGGAAUACCAUGUCUUGCCUCAGAGACUCUUUGUGCCCGUGCCUGGGUCCAGUGUGAUGCUCAGCGACUACAAGUUCGGCGAUGAGGCCGCUGGAGAAAUCCAGGAGCGUUUUGUGGAGCUGUUGGAUCAGGCUGUGCAAGCUGAAGAAAUCCACAUAGCAGAGGGGAUCAGCACAGUUGAUAUUUGUCCAGUUCCUGACAACCUGGAGGACACACAACAGACACAGCUGACAAAAGCAACGUUGCUGAUGAAGCUUCAACAAAAUAUGGGUGUGGUGGUGGCAGCUGCUGUUGCAAUCCUUGCAUCCAUCUUCUCUUUCAACUACUUCAGUGACUGAGCUGCAGCCCCUGGAGCUCCAUGGAAACGUUGGCCAUUUCCAAGCUGGAAACAGCUGGGUUUAAUGGAUUGGUAAUUAAUUGUUGCCUAAAUAUCCCCAGGUAGAUGUGCAAUAUCAGUGUAAUGGGAGGCUCAGUUACCUUGUUCCAGCAUGCACUUCAUGUAUCAAGUAGAAUUAUGCAGGUACAGAAUCAAGUAGAAAGUGAAUCAAGUUUACAAGAAACCAACCCUGUCGCUUCAUAUCAAUGAAUGAUAAUAUUGUUUUCUAGAAGGAACCCUUAAAAAGAAAUAUGGAACCUUCAUUUUCUUCUGCUGGCUCCUUCAGUGCAAAAUGCUGCUCCUGGUGUUUCUUAGGCUACUGAUAAGACUAGUGUAGUUACCUGGUAUGACAAUUCCUGCUUUAAUUUGCUAAGAGAAAUCUCAUUAAAAUUAAUGGGGGAAAAAUUAGAUUUACUUUUAGGUAAUACUGGUUAACUAGCAUAAAAGAUAUACAAAUAGUUUCUAGAAUUUUCAAGACUAGAUCAAGGCAGCCUGUAAAUACCUUAGUUCAAGAUCUGGAGAACUCAGAAAUCAAUAAAUUUCUCUCUCCAGCUCUUAUUCAAUCAUUGUUCUCUUGGAAUAUUAACUAUUUCAGCAACAGCUACACGUAGGCAGCCCAUGCAAGUUGUCAAAUUUAUUGCUAAUCAGGAUUUUUAGACUGUAAACAGAAAUCUUUCCAUUAUAGGAUAUUUUCCAGGGUACACUGGGCUAUAACAGGUUUACUGGCCAUGAGGAGAGGUGAAGGAGGGAAGAAUUCUAGGAAGGUUAAUAAAGAUAAUUUGUAAAUGAAAUGUGAUGUUUACUUGGACCUGAGCUACAAUAGAAAAGAGUUCCAGAUUUUAAGGCAUUUUAAUGCCACUGCAAAUACCUUUUCUUGUUUAAAGGCACUGGAACACAAAGAAAAAAUAAACACUUUGGUUCUAAAGCGUAAUCAAGGACGUACUGGGAUACCUUUAUUAAAGGCAACUGUGAGAAAGGUGUCUUAACUGGUGUUGCCUCAUCUGUGUAUUCUGUUUUUACGUGUUUGGGAAAAAGAGCUGCUUUUAGCGUUGUGAGUAUCCUUUGAAACACGGCGUUGACCUUUGGUGCUCAGUGUUGCUCAAGCAGGGCCUGCUGGAGGAAGGUGGAUGUUGUAAUGGGGGCACUGGGUUCAGCUCUGUGGGCUUUAUAGGUGCAUUUUAUUCUGUGCCAGUGGGUGGAAUCAAAAGCAAGAUGGCAUCAUGCACAGCAGUUCCUCCAGGGGAGGCUGAGCGUUAUCCAGAAAAUGGGGUUAAUUUUGUAACCUGCUUCAAAGCAGGGUUGACUUAAAAGUUGCUCUGCUAAAGUCUCUGUUAGAAGGAGGAGCAGGGGCAUAAUGAAAAGCAAAGAGUUUGUCUUUUGUCUCUUUUUUGAGGGGGAGGGGUGGGAUGAGGAGGUAGAAUACAACAUUUUGGAGGUAAAAUAUAAAAUAGUUACUCUGUAGUUGCCUGUUGCACACAACUCAGCCACAGAAGUGAAGUACAGCAUCUGAGAUGCUCAGUGUCUGACACCAGAGAAGAAAAUGGUCAGGGAACACUCAUCCUGUAGUUCUUCUCCUUUAGUACUUGUGGUGUAAAACAUAAAGCUUGUUGGGAUGUAUAAUUCCAUGGGACCCCUAGCAGAGAACUCUGUUUUUCUUCCCCCCUGCAAGCUCACUCAGUGUUUAGUGAAUGAUCCUUUUCUCUAUGGUCUUACUACAGAUGGUCAAAUUAACCCCCUAGCUUAUAACUAACCGGCUAUCAAGGAGCUGUGGAAGUCUGGUUUUCCAAUUUGGACCUGGAAGAAAGCAAAGAAAUUGCUUUUGAUGGGAUUUCUGCUUUCAUACCAGAAUAAGAAUAUGUGCAAUAAGAAAUUAAUUUAACCCUGUCAAAGUAAAAAUGAGUAAUUUGACUUGUACCUACAGAUUGAGCCUUCCAGUCAUCCUGCCAUGAGGAAACAGGGCAUGUGGAAGAAAGCAAGUUCUCACUUGUCUGAGAAUUACAGGACUAACCAAGAGGGGAUUUCAUGGUCCCAUCCUUUUUUGUUGGCCAUUGAGAACGUAAGAAAAUGAGGGCUUAGGAGAAAUGAAAGAGUGUGUGUAAGAGAAAAGGAACCUUUUAAAAGUCUCUUGGGUUACUGCAUAACUCUAGCUCAGGUUUCAUACAAGUUUAUCCUUUUCCUAUGCAAUCCUGUGAAGCUUUUAGUCUGUGAAAACUGAGCUUUGUUAACUCAUGUGCAGCACUGGAAAUCUGUUUUAAUUUUAAUAUGUAAGAGUCCAGAGGAAUGGUUUGGACUUCAACAGCUGAAAGUCUGGCUCUUCUAAGCAUAGUUCUAAAAUUGAGGUUACAAAAUAAUUUUACAGAAGCCCUUAUUUUCUGGGCUAUGUGGCUUUCAAAUGUGGUUUUGAAAAGCCUCAGUGGUCUGGGUCAAUGAGGUUUAUGGUCCCUCACAUCUGAGGGCAGCAUUUGAUGUGGUGGGAACAGACAGGCUGGGGGGAUUUGACCCCAGCUGGCAACUAAAGGACCACACAGGGCUCACUCCCCUCCUUGGGGCAGGGGGAGGAGGGUUGGGACAGAGGGACAACUUUUGGGUUGCCAUGAGAACAGUUUAAUAAUUGAAAUAAAGUAAAACAUAAUCAUAGUAAUGAGAAGGGACAUAACAAAAAGAGAAAGAAUACAACCCCAGAGAGACAAGGGAUGCCCAAGGCAGUUGCUCACCACCCACUGCAUCCAAAGCACAGCCUCCCUGUGCUGGAUGCUGGGAAGAGAAAUAACUCCCCCAACUGACACUUUGAUCUACCAGAGGUUUUGUCUGGGUUUGAUCAGCAGUGACACCAGUGAUAAGAUGAAUAUUUGGGGACACUCAGGGUCUCUGUGCCUUUGAGUCUGAAGGAAGAGGAACCAUAGCCCAGGGCAGCAGGGAGGUACCCCCAUGUGCUUUUUGAAGCAUUUACUGUUUGUUACUCAAAAAACCUUUGUACAGUAAUAAAUGUUUGAGUCAA